GGAGAGAGAGCUCGAGAACAAACCUCAGGAGUUGGGCGUUCCUCCUUCUUUCGUUUGGCGAAUGGCUGGAUCGAAUCAGAUUCCAAAGCUCCGCAUAAAGCAACAGAGAGCCUCAAAUUGUCGUCAGACUCGUCUUCAGUCUCUCUCCCUCUCUCAAUAGUCAAUGGGAAUGAGUUGAAGAUACAAGCGAAGAGGCGGAUUUGAUGAUGGCGAGUUGAACCGAGUCGAUUUUGAUGGCGAGCAGAAGUGGAGAGGAUAUAUCGCCGAACGACGACCAGGCUCAGCCUCAGCCUCAUCCCUACGCAUUUCACGUGUCUGGACCUCGCCAUCUCUCUUCUCCCAACUGGAGACACCUCCUCAACUCCACUUGGAAGGAUGGGAACUACAAAAGAACCGUCGUGGCUUGCUUCAUUCAGGCAGUGUACCUCCUGGAAUUGGACAGACAGGAGAAUCGGUCAGAAGAAAAUGCUCUAGCUCCGAAAUGGUGGUUGCCAUUCAAAUACAAGCUAGUUCAAAUCCUUAUCGAUGAGCGGGAUAGAUCCAUUUUCGGGGCACUGCUAGAAUGGGACAGAUCUGCAGCGCUAGCCGAUUUUAUACUCAUGAGACCGAGCGGAGCGCCAAAAGCAGUUCUGGCACUCAGGGGGACAUUACUCAAGAGCCCUACAAUUCGUAGGGACGUCGAGGAUGACCUCCGGUUCCUAGCCUGGGAAAGCUUGAGAGGUUCUGUAAGGUAUACAAUAGCACUGGAGUCGUUAAAAUCAGUCGCCGAAAAGUACAGAAGCGGGAAUGUUUGUAUCGCAGGGCAUUCUCUCGGAGCAGGGUUCGCUCUUCAGGUGGGGAAAGCGUUGGCUAAAGAGGGCAUUUAUGUGGAUGCGCAUCUAUUCAACCCUCCUUCUCUAUCGCUGGCUAUGAGCCUAAGGAAUAUUGGAGAUAAAGCUGGGGACGCCUGGAAGAAGUGCAGAUCUAUGUUUGCUUCGAACAAUGAAACCAAGGCAAUUGGUGCUGCAGAAGAGAGGAAUCCUGUUUUAGGCUUGAACAAUUGGGUUUCAUACUUUUACGGGAACAAGAAUUCUAGCACGGGGAUGCAAAAAUGGGCACCUCACCUGUACGUGAACAAUAGCGACUACAUUUGCUGCUAUUAUACUGAUCCGGCGGGAUCGGACAAUAAGGAUGCCGGGAAGGAAGAUCCGACACCUGAGAAUGGUCAUGUUGCAGCCAAGCUGUUUGUGAUGUCCAAGGGAAAUCAGAAGUUCCUCGAAGCCCAUGGACUAGAGCAGUGGUGGUCCAAUGAUUUGGAUCCUCAGCUAGCUCUGCAUAAUGGCAAGCUCAUAAGCAGACAGUUGAGGAGCUUAUACCACCUUCCAGCCCCGCAAAAUCCGCAGAGGAAUCCCCAAUAGCAUACAUAAGCAGGUUGCUUUCUCUUUGUCGAUAACUCAUUUGCUGGAGGGACCUGUAAUGCUAGGAUUGUUAUUGAUGGCCUCUGUGCUUCAAGAAUUGUUCAGAAUAAACCUAUUGUCGACACUUUCCAUCUUCUAAUUCAAUUGUGCAAUUGUCUAUCAUCUCAACUUUUGCCAGA